UCUACAGUACCAGCCAUGCAGCUGUCUUCCGAUUUUUUUCUCUUAUAAAAUACAACAUAGUAAUAAUAUAAGAACAUAGCUAUAUAAUGAUUUACUAGUCACAGUGACUUGAAGUGUAUACAAUUUCAUAUCAAUUUAUUUCAUAAAAAUUGUAUUUUUCAACUUUUAAUCUGUGUGAACUUUUAACAAUUUAUAACUCGCCUUUUGUAUUUUUGCAUGAGCUCAAUAUUGUGCAUGAAUUUGUAAUUGUCAUAUUUUCUACAGUAUUCUUCAAAAAUUUUCAUAGUUAAAGUGGAAUUUAUGAAUAAAUAAAUAUUUAUUUAGCAUUAAUAAUAAUUGAUUAUAAUAAUACUCACAAAUUUUGGUGAUUUCUAAGAUUAUUCAUGAAUCGUUGAGUGAAGUUUGAUAUUGGAUUAAUCAAUAUAAUGUUAUCUACCGGUAAUACGUGUAUACAAUUAUUCUACAGUGUGAAAAUUAUGAAAAUAUAAUCUUAAAAGUAAAUAAAGCAUUACAAUUGAAUAAAAAUGAAUUGUAUUUUCUGGAUCUUACUUUUAACGAGCACCAUUGUCGAAGGAAGAAUUCAUAAGCUUGAAAUAAAAAAUGAUGCCAGACGUUAUAUUACGCUUACAACAUUUGGCUUUUAUAAAGGCGGUAUUCUUACCGUAAAUUUAACUAACUUUAGAGUUAAACCUUUUAACGAUAACGCUAUAUACGGAUUCAGUUUAGACAAGAGCAAAAGCGAUACUGUAAAUCCUUACUUGGACAAUUAUCAAGAAAGAUGUUUAUUAAAUAAAAAUCAUAAUUUUAAAAAUGAUCUUGAAUCUAAAGGGGAUGAUGCUAUUAUCUAUUUUAUCAUGGAUUUUAAAAACCUCCAAAUAAAAGUAAGCUGUAGUUCCAAUGUCAAAUCUCUCCACAUUCAUAAUCACAUACCUAAGCUCAACAGUUUUCGAAAGAAGCGAGGAGGAUUUGCAUUCAGUAAAAUUAAUAGCGAUAGUCAAUUGUUACAUUCUCGCUAUAAUAAUCACAAUGCUCAUCACGAAUUAUCGAAUGAUAAAACUAUUGCCAGAAAUAAACGAAGUAACAGUGAAGAUGGAGACAAUGCCGAAAAACCUGCUGAAGGUUGCUUAGAUAAGCAAUUAAAUAUGUCAGCAGUAAUUAUUGAUGGGGAACAAUAUUUUAAUGCUGAAUUUGCUAUGUAUAUAACAAAUGAAGAUGAAGAAGGACUGUAUAAUUUAUAUUUUCAUAACUGUGCUAAUUUUGACUACAACACUAGAUCAACUGUUAAUUUUGAAAUGCAUAUUGCGGAAAUAAACAAUGGGAAUUUUCUAAGCGCGGGUGAAAUGCCUUUACCAUCAUUAUACUUUCUAAUGUCAUCAACAUUCUUUAUUUCGGGCUGUCUCUGGGUCUAUAUAUUGAAAAAAAGCCAAAAUCCCGUUUUUAAAAUCCAUUACUUAAUGGCAGUUUUGAUAUAUUUGAAAUCUUUUUCGUUACUAUUUCAUGGAAUCAACUAUCACUUUAUUCAAACAAAAGGCGAACAUGUGGCAGCUUGGGCAAUUUUGUAUUAUAUAACACAUUUAUUAAAAGGCGCUGUUCUAUUCAUCACAAUUGUUCUUAUUGGAACAGGAUGGGACUUUAUUAAACAUAUACUCGCUGACAAAGAUAAAAAACUUUUUAUGAUAGUUAUACCUCUGCAGGUUCUUGCAAACGUCGCAGAAAUAAUCAUAGAAGAAAGUGAAGAAGGUGAUGUAGAGUAUAAAACAUGGCGUGACAUAUUUAUUCUCGUAGAUCUUCUUUGCUGUGGUGCUAUUCUAUUCCCAGUUGUAUGGAGUAUAAAACAUUUACGAGAGUCUACUACCAGUGGAAAGGCUGCAAUCAAUCUACGGAAACUUAAACUCUUUAGACAUUUUUAUAUCAUGAUUGUUUGUUACAUUUAUUUUACAAGGAUUAUUAUGUAUCUACUUAAGAUGACAGUACCAUAUCAAUACGAGUGGCUGGACCAACUUUUUAAAGAAAUGGCCACCUACAUUUUCUUCGUUCUCACAGGCUAUAAAUUCCGACCAGCAUCAGCAAAUCCAUAUUUUACAUUGAAUGAUGAUAUCUCUCCGGGUGAUGAUGAUGAAAUGGAUGUCGUUCUUUUUUCUAGUGUUACUGCAAAUAGAGGAUUACCAGAAGGUCUUGGAAAGGUAUCCAGAGCUAAAAAAAAUUUAAGAUUAACAACAGAAGUCAUCCUUGGGGAUGAAGAAAGUCAGGAUUUAAUUAACAAAAGAGAAGCAUCUCAUGAAUAUGAUUAAUUAAAUAAAGAAUAAAUUAAUUCAACAAAAUGUA